AUGGUAGAACGGGGUUCCAAGUCUGUGCUAUUCCUGUGUCUGAGUAACAUUUGCCAGUCACCCAUUGCAGAAGCAGUUUUCAGAAACCUUGUAGCUGACCAAGAUGUUUCAGAUAACUGGGCCAUUGACAGCGAUGCUAUUUCUGACUGGAACAUGGGCUGUGCCCUAGACCCAAGAGCUAUGAGCUGCCAAAAAAAUCAUGACAUUAGCACAGCCCAUAUGGCAAGACAGGUUACCAAAGAAGACUUCGUUACAUUCGAUUACAUACUGUGUAUGGAUGAAAACAAUCUGAGAGAUUUAAAUAGAAAAAGUAAUCAAGUUAAAAACUGCAAAGCUAAAAUCAAACUACUUGGGAGCUAUGAUCCACAAAAACAACUCAUUAUUGAACAUCCCUAUUAUGGAAACCACUCUGACUUCGAGCUGUGUAGCAGCAGUGUCUGGUGCUGCAGAGCCUUCCUAGAGAAGGCCCACUAG